AAACAUUGACUUUGAAAUAUGAACUAACAAUUUUUUCAAUUUUUAAAUAUUUUAUUAUAAAAGUCAGAUCUCUGAUAUACAAGACUUGUGAUUCAUUUUUAUUAUAAGAUCACUUGAUUACUAAGGAAUAAGAUUGAAAAAUGAAUAUAUGAUUUCACAGUUACGUAAUGUUGACUGAAAGUUAACUAAGUAAACUAUUAAAAUAAUUUUAUGUGCGGAUGUAACGUGCGACAUGGAUAUCGUGAAUAAAUGAUUGGUGAAAGUGCAAGCGGUGCGUGUCUCAGUCGUGACUUGCGUGCCGAUAUGCACACAUCCUCCUGUCUGCAACACUUUGACCGACUUAACUAAAAAUCCAUAGAGAUAAGAAAAUCGUGUUAGGAGCAAUUAAUUAUCAAGAAAAAUUACGCGAAAUCGUUGAAAAUAUCUUCUUAAACAAAUCAGAUAUUAAGACGAAAUUGCCUCGGAGUAUCAACUGCAAUAUACAUAACCAUCGUAAAGGGGAUCAGGAGUAGUUUCUCGAAAGAAAACUUUAAUAAUCUCACAAAGGAUGGCAUAACAAAAAAAGAAAGCUAUAUACGCAUAUUUAACAUCGCACAUUGUCGACAAAUGGGAUCGAGUCGUACGUAAGCGAUCUCUAAUCGCGUGUUCGUGUCGGACGGAUGGGGCCACAUACCGUGCAUACGAUAACGCGAGCCUCGUACUCAAAGUUCAUACCGUAGGAUCGAAAUCGACGAUUUUAGGAUGUCUAAAAUUAGACUGGAUAAGGUCAAGUUCUCAUGCGUGUAUCUCAAGCGAUGUGACUCACCUGGCGCAACCGGAUGGAUUCGCGUGAGCCGUUUAUCCGUUCCGUAAAGUUCGCGGGAACAUCGAUACGUCGUAGGAAAAGGAAAGCAGCGGUCUCUUUUUCUCGCGACUCGGACGAAAAAGAAGAAUAUGGGAGAAAAUAUGAGGGAAGUGUGAACGAGGGAGAGACGAGCGCGUUGCUCAACGCGUUUUAUUUCGCACGCCUUUCGUCGGUGCACCAACAUGUGCGUUCACCAUCGCGUCGAAUAGCGACAUCGUAAUUACGAGGUGAAUCCCAACACACGUACAUAUGUACGUAUCCUUACAGAUACAUAGACACGGGAUUCUCUAAUCUAGUCGGCGACGAAACUUGAACAGCAGUCCUGCACGCGAUCAUCUCCGAUUGGGGGAGGUUUGUGUCCGGAAGACGAUGAAUUAGCUCCCAUCGUUGCGUAUUAAUCGACUCCGGCGGCUCGUCUCGGACCAGUUGACGGUUACUCAUUGAGCAGACAGCAUCGUCGUCGUCGUCAUCGUCGUCGUCGUCAUUAUUUAUUUUUUUUUCUUCACCAUCAAAGCAACGCCUUUCACACGCUCGCUCGUUCCGAACUACAACUUACAUUACGGGUACUGAUGAUUAGUUGAUAUUCCGCGAAAAAAUGUGGCUGAAGGAUAUGAAGAACGACGUCUUGCCAGCUGCGAAUUUUGUGAAUUCGCGACGGUGCGUCCAAAAUGAAAUCUUCGUUAAUCGGAGUCUUCACCUGGAGAACAUCAAGUUCUAUGGCUUCGACAUGGAUUACACAUUGGCAGAGUACAAAUCGCCACAGUAUGAGCAAUUGGGCUUUAAUCUACUCAAGGAUCGUCUAGUGUCUUUAGGGUAUCCGCAGGAAAUCAAGGCCUUUGAAUACGAUCCUAGUUUUCCCGUCCGUGGAUUAUGGUUCGACACCUUGUACGGGAAUCUCUUGAAAGUGGACGCUUACGGGAACAUCCUAGUCUGUGUCCACGGCUUCGAAUUCUUGAAACAUUCUCAGGUCUAUGAGCUUUAUCCAAAUAAAUUUUUACAAUUAGACGAGUCUAGAGUUUACGUGCUCAAUACCUUGUUUAAUCUACCGGAGACCUAUCUGCUGGCGUGUCUGAUAGACUUCUUCACAAACUCACCGCAAUAUACCAGAGAUAAGACUGGAGUGAAAGAAGGAGAGCUCACUAUGAGCUUCAAAAGCAUAUUUCAGGAUGUUCGAAACGCGGUAGAUUGGAUACACCUUCAUGGUAAUCUGAAAACGAAGACUAUCGAGAACUUGGAUGAAUACGUAAAGAAGGACGAGAGAUUACCUAUGUUCCUCACGAGAAUCCGAGAGAGCGGAGCAAAAGUGUUUUUAUUAACUAACAGUGAUUACGUUUUCACGGACAAAAUUAUGACGUAUUUGUUCGAUUUUCCAUAUGGUGCACGGCCUGAUGAGCCACAUAGAAAUUGGGAAACCUAUUUCGACACAAUUGUAGUAGACGCCAGGAAGCCAUUAUUCUUUGGAGAAGGGACAAUUUUACGACAAGUGGAUACGAAGACAGGCGCUUUAAAACUUGGUACACACAAAGGACCGCUUCAUACAGGGGAAGUGUAUUCGGGAGGCUCGUGCGACGUGUUUACAGAAUUAAUUGGCGCAAAAGGAAAAGAUGUAUUAUAUGUUGGUGAUCAUAUAUUUGGUGAUAUUUUAAAGAGUAAGAAAAUAAGAGGAUGGAGGACAUUUUUAAUUGUCCCCGAGUUGGUUCAAGAGUUGCACGUUUGGACCGACAAGUGUCAAUUGUUUGCCGAAUUACAAAGUCUAGAUGUUAUGCUCGGCGAAAUGUAUAAAAAUUUAGAUAGUAGUACAAAGGAAAAGCCGGAUAUAUCUAAGUUACGCGCAUCCAUAAGAGAUGUCACGCACAAAAUGGAUCUAGCUUAUGGUAUGAUGGGUUCUCUAUUUCGUAGCGGAAGUAGACAAACGUUUUUCAGCAGUCAAGUUGUAAGGUACGCCGAUUUAUACGCGGCGUCUUUCUUGAAUCUGAUCUACUAUCCUUUUUCAUAUAUGUUCAGAGCACCUGCCAUGCUGAUGCCCCAUGAGAGUACGGUGGCGCAUGAACAAAGAUUCGUUAUGGAAACGCCGAUGAUUAGUCGCUCGAGAACGUUUAAAUUGGCAGACGAGGAAGAAGAACAUAAUCGACCUUCUUCUAAAAAUUUAUAUGUGGACCAUUUUAAUAAUCAAAUUCCACAUGCAAGACCGGAAACGCCGCGUAAUGUUACACAUACACAUGAUGAGGAUUGCAGCGAUGAAGAUAGCGAUUCGCAGAAGCAAGCUAAUCAAAUGAGAGUGUCUACGAGAAACACAAAUUGCAAUUGAAGUUAUAUUUUAUGAUAUUCGACUCUAUUUUUCAUCUUACUGAAAAA